AUGUUCAGCUGGCUGGGUACCGACGACCGCCGCAGGAAGGACCCCGAGGUCUUCCAGACGGUGAGCGAGGGGCUCAAGAAACUCUACAAGACCAAGCUGCUGCCCCUGGAAGAGCAUUACCGCUUCCACGAGUUCCACUCACCCGCCCUGGAGGAUGCCGAUUUUGACAACAAGCCCAUGGUCCUGCUGGUGGGCCAGUACUCCACCGGGAAGACCACCUUCAUCAGGUACCUGCUGGAACAGGAUUUCCCAGGCAUGAGGAUUGGGCCUGAGCCAACAACCGACUCCUUCAUAGCGGUGAUGCAGGGGGACGUGGAGGGGAUCAUCCCCGGGAAUGCCCUGGUUGUGGAUCCAAAGAAACCCUUCAGGAAACUCAAUGCCUUUGGGAACGCCUUCUUGAACAGGUUCGUUUGUGCCCAGCUGCCCAACGCCGUGCUGGAGAGCAUCAGCGUCAUUGACACUCCAGGGAUCCUGUCUGGGGAGAAGCAGAGGAUCAGCCGAGGGUAUGACUUUGCAGCAGUCCUGGAGUGGUUUGCAGAGCGGGUGGACCGCAUCAUACUGCUCUUCGAUGCCCACAAGCUGGACAUCUCCGAUGAGUUCUCGGAAGUCAUCAAGGCCCUCAAGAACCAUGAGGACAAGAUGCGGGUGGUGCUGAACAAGGCCGACCAGAUCGAGACACAGCAGCUGAUGCGGGUGUAUGGAGCCCUCAUGUGGUCGCUGGGCAAGAUUGUGAACACCCCAGAGGUGAUUCGGGUCUACAUUGGCUCCUUCUGGUCCCACCCCCUCCUCAUCCCUGACAACCGGAAGCUCUUUGAAGCAGAGGAGCAGGACCUGUUCAGGGACAUCCAGAGCCUACCCCGAAACGCCGCCCUCCGAAAACUCAAUGACCUCAUCAAGAGAGCCAGGCUGGCCAAGGUCCACGCGUACAUUAUCAGCUCUCUGAAGAAGGAGAUGCCCUCAGUGUUUGGGAAGGACAACAAGAAGAAGGAGCUGGUGAACAACCUGGCUGAGAUUUAUGGCCGGAUCGAGCGGGAGCACCAGAUCUCGCCUGGGGAUUUUCCCAACCUGAAGAGGAUGCAGGACCAGCUGCAGGCCCAGGACUUUAGCAAAUUCCAGCCACUGAAGAGCAAGCUGCUGGAGGUGGUGGAUGACAUGUUGGCACACGACAUCGCCCAGCUCAUGGUGCUGGUGCGCCAGGAGGAGAUCCAGCAGCCCAUACAGAUGGUGAAGGGCGGAGCUUUCGAGGGCACCCUGCACGGCCCCUUCGGUCAUGGCUAUGGGGAGGGGGCUGGUGAGGGCAUCGAUGACGCCGAGUGGGUGGUGGCCCGGGACAAGCCCAUGUACGAUGAGAUCUUCUACACCCUGUCCCCCGUGGAUGGCAAGAUCACAGGUGCUAAUGCCAAGAAGGAGAUGGUGCGCUCCAAGCUGCCCAACAGUGUUCUGGGCAAGAUCUGGAAGCUGGCGGACAUCGACAAGGAUGGCAUGUUGGAUGACGAGGAGUUUGCACUAGCCAACCACCUCAUCAAGGUCAAGCUGGAGGGACAUGAGCUGCCCAGUGAGCUGCCUGCCCACCUCCUGCCCCCAUCCAAGAGGAAAGUUGCAGAGUAACAGAGGCAGGGCCAGCUUCAGAGAGGCAGCGUUAGAGGAGGGUAUGGGAGCAGUGACCACACAUGCACACGCACGUACACACACGCACACAUGCACACACGUCUUGAUAACUGCACUGUAGAUGAGAAGGAAUAGCUGUGCUGACUGCUCCAGGCUGAUCCUCAUUUGGUUGCCUCGCCAAGUUCCUGGCAUUGGUCGAGGACAGCCACACCCCUAGGAGAUGUCGCCACACCUCUGGCCCUCCCAUCCCCCACUUCUCAGAGACCCAGGACAAUUCAAUGGCCCACUUGCGGCUCAUGCACCGCCUCUGCCCCAGCACCUCCACGCUCGGGCUCCAAGCAGAUGGGAAAGGCUUUUCAUUGACUAGGUAAUUCACUUUAUUUUCAAUUCACUCUAGUUUUCUGUGCUUUUAUUUCUCCCUCUUUGCCUUCCUAAUAAGAAUCUACUCAGGGGUUAGGAGAUGUGAGAAACAAAGGGCAGCGAGGCCUGAGAGCGGAGUUAGAAAGCAUCUUCUGAGCACUGCGUCCCAGAUGUUGGCUUGCGCCAUGUGUUCUGUUCUUUCCAGUCCUGAGGCUCUGUCUUCCUGACUUUGAACUCUGUCUGCACCUCAUUUCAAAGAAUCGCAGAUGGGGAGAGAAGAGAAAAACUUGGAAGGGGGAUGGCGGGCAUCUUUGGUCUCCUGCUGGAAACCUGUCCAAGCGAUUCUAGCCCACGGAGUUGGUCAUUUUGGUGUUCUUCUCACCUGGCCUGUGAUGUCUGGAUGCUCAUACCUGACUGGUGUUUAUUCAGCCCCUCCUGUGUCCAGGAGCUGUGUUAACAGCUCAUAUGCAUCUCUCUCUGUGGGCCUCAGGUAAGGAUCUCUUAGCCCCUACUUUAUAGGAGAGGACCCUGAGACACAGAAGAGUUGAUGACUUUUCUAAACUCACAGAAGUCACAUGUAAUGGUGAGAGAAUGCAAAGCCAGGACCUCAGACCUACAGUCUUGUCUCUGUACUGUGAUGUGUGCAGGAUCCCAGCAUUGCUACCCACUGACAAGUCACAGAGAACAAGGAGCAUGCAGGCCCCCUCACAGGCCCCCAGCACCAGCUGGCAAGGGAGAAGGACCAGCCAGCAUUUGGUGGGCCAUCUGUCACCUAAUAGAAGCAAACCGUGCCUUCUGGCUGUGCACCCCACGUUCCCACCAUCACAGUCGUCCAACCACCCAGCAGGAGAGUGGGCUGGGCUGCUGGAAACUCUCCGUGCCAGGCCCUGCGUGGCCUCCCACCCAUCAGCCUGACUCAUUCCAGCUCAAAUGCAGCCAAGAGUUCUUACGAGGCAGGACCCGAUGCUGAUUCUCAGAAGGCCAACUUGGGAGGCCCAGAGUCUGGUUCCCUGUAGGGUCCCGGUCCCGAGACUCUGCUACGUCCUCAGCAAAUCCCCACCGUACUCAGUGUGCUACACCCUCCUUCAUGGUCUCUUCCCAGCUUGCUCUGUGGCCACUGACAGUCACUUUAUCUGUUACGCUCUUACUGAGACGGAAAAUGAAACAAGUAUAACUUAUUUUAUAUCUGUGUUCAGACUAUAUAGAGAAUAUUCUACAUAUCUAUGACGUGCUUACUACUGCAGUGCAUUCCUCAUUAGUAUUCAUGUUAAUAUAGCACAUUUAUCCUUUGGUA